GGUAAAAAAAAUUCGUUCUAAUAACAAAAAUGCUUUACUCUGAAUAUACCCUUAGAUACUAAAAUCAACGAUAUAUAUAUAUAUGGCGUAGAAAGGCGAUUUCAUACAGUUUUGAAAAAUAAUUAAAUAAAUAUAUCAGUAGUAUUUACUCAGUUGCACGCGAAGAAGACGAUCUGAAAUGUUCUACUUGCUCGUGGUGAUUGGGGCGAUUUUAUUAUGUGUUUAUUGCGUCCUGCAACGAUGCACACGUAAUUGGAAAAUGUUAAGGGAAUAUCCCGGAACUUAUCCGUUACCCAUCAUCGGAAAUGGCUUACAAUUGGGAUUUGAUUCAGAAAAAUGUACUGAUAAGAUUUUCAAUCUAUGGAAAAAAUAUGGAAUGAAAAAUUUUCGCAUGACGGUCGGCAGUGAGGAGUGGUUGCUGGUGACCAAUCCCGAUGACGUCGCGACAAUCCUGAAUCAUCCAACUGAGCUAUGUAAACAAGUUGAGAGGAACACAGGAAUGAAACCCCUUUUUGGAAACUCCCUCUCAACUGCUGAAGGUGAACGAUGGAGGUUGGUACGCAAAUUGAUGACACCAAGUUUCCACUUCAAGACAUUAGAGAAGAGAAUCGAGGCCGUCAAUAAGCACUGCGACCGAUUAUUUGAACUUUGGGAUAACCAAAACAGGGUUGACGCAUACAAAUACCUUAAACCAUUUAUGUUGGAUAUAGUGUGUUCUUCCCUGAUGGGCGUUGAUAUGAAUUUCCUAGACAGUAUAGACCAUCCAUUCUUCGAAGCAGGCGACGCAGCAAUGAAAAUAGUAACGGAAAAUUACUUUUCUUAUUGGAGAAGUAUUCCACGUUUUGUGUCGUUAACAAAAUUGUAUAAGGAAACGCAGCGUGUCUCUAAACUUCUCGAUGAUACGACUAAUGAGGUUAUUGCACAAAGAAGAAGAAAAAUACACAAACUAAUUGAAUAUGCAGAAAACAAUAAAAACCCUGACAUGGAACUCGAUGUCUUAAUAGAAAAUGAUUGUUUAUUGGAUAGAUUAAUUUUGAGCAAACUGCAUUGCGGUGUUGCACUCACUGAAAAUAUGAUUUAUGAAGAAGUCAAACUUUUUUGUUGGACAGGUCAUCAUACGACAGGAAUAGUGUUGUCCCACGCUCUGUACUGCAUUGCAAAGUUUCCUGAAGUACAAAACAGGGUGUUAGAUGAACAAAAAUUAAUUUUUAAUAAGGACAUGUUAAAGAAACCAAACCAUAAGGAGCUGAUCGAGAUGAAAUAUCUAGAAGCUGUUAUUAAGGAGAGUAUACGUGUUGUGCCAACAAUAACCAAAAUAUCAAGACAUCUUAAGAAUGAUAUACAGUUAAAAGAUGGACGAGUGGUACCAGCUAAUACGACGGUAGUUGUUUUUUACAAAGGGAUGUACCAAGAUCCGAAGUUGUUUACAGAACCUGAAGAAUAUAAUCCCGACAGGUUCUUCUUACCGAUGCAUAAUUACGCAUUUGUUCCGUUUAGCUCAGGUCCUCGUAAUUGUAUAGGUUUUCGAUACGCAUGGGUUGCAAUGAAAGCUUCAAUAUCCAAUAUUAUAAGACGGUAUGAGCUUGGUCUGGCUGGUCCCGGUACAGAGCCACAAUUUGUACAUAGAUUAAUGACGGAAUCAAGAAAUGGUAUACAACUUAAUAUAAAAAGACGUGUUUAUUAGUUAAUUUAUUUAUUGUUGUAUACAUAAUAAACAUAAUUUAAAAUAGUGUGGUGGAAUAUGAGACAUAGUUUUUCUUUCCACCAGGACCUCCAAAAUUAACUAAGACUAAUAUUUAUUAGAUUAGAUUAAUAUUUAUUUUAUACUAAAAAUAGCUGAGAUUGGCUAUCAUUUGAAUACAAACAUGAAUUGGUUACAAAGAAUUUUCAAUACAUCUCGAUGAAUUGAAUUCUUCAUGUUUAAUUUGAAAGGCAUAAGAUCAAAUUGUAUGAAGUAGGGUUAUCAAGAUAGCACAAUAAGGUACAACAAUGCACCUGGUACUACAGCACAAAAGCAUUGAAAUGCUACGAGCGUCGCUUAGUGCUACGCCGUAGUGUGUUCGUAAAAUAAACCUCUACGAUGAGAGCUUCGGAAACCCCUAGCGCGGCUUCACGUUGUAUGUACUAGAUAUAAAAUUGUUCUAUUACUCCAUUAACAAAAGUCAUUUAUUUGUGACACCAAGAAGAUUAUAGUAAAAAAAGAGAAGAAAUAAGUCAUGCAAAAACCAUCGUGUGGCUUCCUUAAGUCGCGGACGGCGUGCACAAAUGUAGCAACUAUAAUAUAUGUUAUUAAUGAGUUUACAUAGCAAGAAUUACAAAAUAUACCAAAAGAAUAUAGCGAUAAUCAGAUGAUUUUAGGAGGGGCAUAAUUUUUUCAUUUUAUUUUAUAGAUGGUAAAUACAUAUAAAUACGAGUUUAGGUACAAAUUUAAAAAUGUAUUUUUUCGUUGCUUUAAGCUCUUUUUUUAUCAAAAUCUGAGAAUUGAUUAACUUCGAGGUAGCUAAAUACUUUUUCAACAUAAAAUAAUAAUAAAAAAUUGAGUAAGUUAAAAUUAUUUAGGCCUAGAAACGUUUUGGGUCAAAGACAGCUGUAAGUGUAUGAAAAAUAUACAGAUAUUGUUUUUUUCGACUCGAUAUUAAAAGCGUGCGGUAACUAGUGUUUACAUCAUUUUAUUUUGCGAUGGUCUAAGUUCGCGAAUAAACGUCGUUACCCAAGCCAACUUUAGCCAUCGAACUCUUUCUAUUAUUAAAGUUUCAACCAACUGGGCCACUCUCGGACCGAUUUCAAUAAAAGAUAUAAACUCUUUCAUUGCAAUAUUUUUGUAAUGAGGAGAAAAGUUAUAAAGCUAAGCGGAUUUCUCGUUGAAAAUAUUUUAUGUAUUUGUGUGAGUUAAAUUGUGACUCAUUUAUGACAUAUGUUUGACCUUAUUUCAGCAUAGAUAUAUUAUGAAAUAACUUCACAUAUUUUAAAAUCUCAAAAAUUUGGUCCAACUUUGAUUUGAUUCCUUUUGGAGUAGAGACUCUUUUGAGACUCUUUUAGCUUUCCUCGCUCAACGAAUAAGUCUCGCAAUACAAGGAACACUGCUACAGGAACCUAACUUUUUAAAUUUGUUUUAUUUUUCUAUUUAUAAUUUUUUAAUUAUUAUUAUUAUUACUAUGUAGGUUAAGAAUAUUGGUAACACUGUAUAUGUGUGUACUGUAUGUAAAUAAAUAUUAAUAUAAUAACUGAAUCAUUUUCUAUUUAUACAUUUUUAAUUAUUAUUAUUAUAUAUGUAGGUUAAGAGGGUUAAGGGUUUGAAAUAAAUAUCAAUACAAUUUAACUAAAUCAUUGUAUCGUACACUCGCACGCAAGGUCAAAAACUCGCCUCGUUCGUUCCGUAGGUAGGCAGCGUGCGCGCAUUUUUAUUGGAAGUAGUGCGUGCGGCAGUGCGCUUUGCCACAUUGGGCUUCGUGAUAUAUUGUUAGAUGCCCGUAUGCUUAUUUAUAUAUUAUGUAACCGUAAAAAAAAUAUAUUAUAAGUGGUGGCUAUUUUUUCUACCCUUUACUAUAAUAAUCACAUUGUAAAGAGCAGUGUUGGUGUAGUGGUGGUUGCCACUCUAGGUUCGAUCCCAUAGACUUUUGGAGUGAAAGAUAACGUCGUGAGGAAACCAGCAUGUGUCAGGCACACAAUAAUAAAAAACGUAUGAAACAAAAAUAAUCAGAGAAACGGAUGCGAUCCUAGGCGAGGCCUAGGUCUACAUUAGUCUACAUAUAUGGUUGUAGCGCAACUGGAUUGUUUUCACCUAAUUUUAUUUUAUUAUAAUAAUAAUUUAAAUUUCUUCUGUACAAACAUUACCUGUCCACAUUGUAUCCCUAACUUUCUUACUAACUACUAAUUGACGUGAGACUGAUAUUAAAGUAUCGUGAUUCAUGUGCA